AUGAAAUCUGGAAAACGAGAUAAGAUGGAUGAAGUUGAAGAUACUCUUGGUCGAUUUGAGUAUGAGAUCGAAGAAUCAGUAGCUGAUUUUGAGGAUGAGAUGCCAACUGAGAGAAACGAGAUUCCAGAGAGUUCAGAUGACUCCUCCGAGGAUGAGAUUGAUGUGCGUGAGAAGAGAAUGAAAAGAAGAAAAAAUCAUGAUAAAUUAGCUUUGGGGAGUAGCUACUACACAUUGUAUGAGUUUAAAGAGAUUGUCUUGGAAUAUGCUUUGAGCAAGAGAAGAAAUAUUAAGCAAGAUAGGUGGGAUAAGACAAAAGUCUCAUUUGUGUGUGGCAUUGGUGGGAAGUGUAAAUGGCGGAUUUAUUGCUCCUAUGAUGUUGAAAGUCAAAAAUGGUUGUUGAAGACGAGGUACAGGUAUCAUAGUUGCACUCCGGAUGGGAAAUGCAAGCUGUUGAAAAGUCCGGUGAUUGCAAGUCUAUUUUUGGAUAAACUGAGACAGAAAGCCGAUUUGAUGCCCGAGGAGAUUCAACAGAUUAUAAAGGAGAAGUGGAAAAUAGUCAGUACACGGAAUCAGUGCCAAAGAGGCAGACUUUUAGCUCUGAAAUGGCUUGAGAAAGAGUAUGAGGAGCAAUUUGCUCAUCUUCGAGGAUACGCACAGGAGAUCAUGGUGUCGAAUCAGGGUUCCACAGCCAUUGUAGACACAUACAAAAACAAAGCAGGGGAAGAUGUUUUCAAUGGUUUUUAUGUUUGCUUUGGGAUUCUUCGGGACACUUGGAGAGGAUAUUGUAGGCCAAUAAUCGGACUUGAUGGUACUUUCUUGAAGAGAGCUGUGAAAGGGGUGUUGCUAACCGCUGUUGGACAUGAUGCCAACAAUCAAAUCUACCCGAUUUCUUGGGCCGUUGUUCAAUCCGAGACAACUGAUAGUUGGUUAUGGUUUAUCAAGAAAUUAAAACAUGACUUAGUUCUACAAGAUGGGAAUGGGUUUGUCAUCAUUUCAGAUAGAUCAAAGGGACUGAAGAGUGCCAUGGAGUCAGAGUUACCGAAUGCUGAGCAUAGAAAGUGUGUGAAACACAUUGUGGAGAAUGUGAAGAAGAAUCAUGCCAAGAAAGACUUGCUGAAACCGAGGAUAUGGGAUAUUGCUCGGAGCUAUACGAAGUCGGAAUUUGACUACAAUGUCAGGAAGUUACAAGUAUACGAUUUGGCCUUGUAUAAUGAUGUUAUGAAGGAGCUGCCGGAAACUUGGUCUCGACCUUUUUACAAGCUUGGAAGCUGCUGUGAAGACGUUGAUAACAACGCAACAGAGUCCUUUAACUCCACUAUCACAAAAGCUAGAGCGAAAUCAAUGGUCCCAAUGCUUGAGAUGAUAAGGAGAAAGGGGGAGAAAAAAAGAUUAGGGGGAGAUAUGAAGAGAAUCUAUAAGUUUGGGUGGGAUUAA